AUGAAACAGGAGUUGAUAGACGAAGCUCCUACCGGUACUAUGGGUAUUGCGCAGGAAUCAGGUUGGAUGACAACAGCUGUAUUUUAUAAAUGGUUGGUGCACUUUCAGUUGCAUGUAAAAGCGAGUCUUGAUGACAAAGUGCUUUUAAUAGUUGAUGGACAUAUCAGUCAUAAAGGCGCCAUACUCAACAAAGCUUAUGGCAAAGCAGCAACGGUUCAAACUGCCGUCAAUGGAUUUCAAAAAACUGGUCUCUGGCCUGUUGAUCCAUACAUAUUUCCAGAUUAUUUGUUUGAGCCUGCUGAGACGACAAACAUUCCCAUGCAACAAGAUCGGGUAGAGCCCGAAGAAGAUUCAACGGCAGCAGAAAACCUAUGUAUACCCUCAGCGAGUCCAUCUCAGGUAGAAGCAGGGAGUUCGACAUCACUAAUAAUUGCAAGCACAUCAGCCGCAGACAACCCACGUCCAAUCUCAGUAGUCCAAUCUAGAGACACAGCUACUGCAAUACCUACGACACCCACAUCAUCUAAAUUGAUACUCCAAGAAAUAUCUUCAGUGCCAAAAGGAAUUUAUGUGGCUGGACAAGGUAAAAGAAAACCACGCAAGAAACCAACAGUAUUUAUGUUAAUUUUUUUAUUUAUUGGUGUUAACUUCAACGCCAAAUAUAGAAGAGGCAAAAGCAAAAUCAGCUCCUCCACCUGUUCCAAAGAAAAACACGAGAAAGGUUACAAAAGCUCUGGAUUUUAG